AUGUUGCGAACACCGCUACGGUCAGCGAGGCUGUUGGGUGGUAGGCCCAUGGUGGCUACCGCCGCACGUCAAUGGCCCUCUGCUGCGUCUACGCGACAGGCUGCUCUUCUGUCCAAGAGAGGCUAUGCCGAUCAGAAGAAGCCCGAGGGCGAUAUCCCCAAGCCCAUCGUCCUCCCGACCACCGAAACCAAGACGUCGGAGCGCAGUGCCUCGAUCCCCUCCAUCGGCAACGAGUCCAACCCCCCUACUAUUGAGAAGCUCCCCCAGACGCCCCCGACGCCCAACGAGGUGAUGGACGAGAAGCCUGCCGCCCACGCCAUCCCGGCUUCUCCUCCCCCUCCGCCGAAGAAGGGCUUCUUUCGCCGCCUCAGGAACUUUGUCUUCACCCUCAUGGUCCUGGGAGCCGUCGGAUUCAGCGGAGGUGUGUGGUACUCACGCGUCAACGACAACUUCCACGACUUUUUCGUCGAGUACGUCCCCUUCGGCGAGCCGGUGGUGCUGUUCCUUGAGGAGAGGGAGUUCCGCAAGCGGUUCCCCCAGAACCCCCAGAGCCAACCCCGCCACAACACCAACGAGCAGGUCAAGCUGAUCCCCGCCCAGAGCGGUGCGUCGUGGAGGGUGGCCACUAGCGACCCCAAUCCCCGCCAGUCCAUCGCCAGCUCCAAAGAGUCUGCCGCCAAGAAGGCCACUCUCGCUCCCCCCAAAGAGGAGCCCAAAUCCAAGGCCGCCCCCGUGUCUAGCAAGUCCAAGCCUGCUGCUUCUGCUGCCGCCGCCGCUCCUGCCAAGGCCCCCGAGGUCAACGAGCCAUCCAGGGCCGCUCCUCUGAAACCCAUUGACCUCCUGGAUCUGGAGAAGGCUCGCGAGCCCGUCAUCCAGGACCUAGUGCACAUGGUGAACGACCUGAUCCUCGUCAUCAACGCCGAUGGCGCUCACGGAAAGUACGGCUCGACCAUCAACAAGGCCAAGAACGAUAUUGUCAAGGUUGGCGGCAAGCUGGAUGCUCUCCGGGCGGAGAUUGAGAAGCAGUCGGCCGCCGAGGUGCGGGAGAAGGUGGCCGAGUUCGACAAGGCGGCCACGGACCUCGUGUCGCGCGUGGAGAAGGCCAUGAUCAACCAAGAGCUCGACUGGCGCCAGGAGUUCGAGACGGAGAUGAAGAAGGUGCGCGAGAGCUACGACGGGCGCGUCAAGCUACUACUAGAGCGCGAGGAAAAGCUGCAGGCCGAGAAGCUGCAGAACCAGCUGCUCGAGCAAGCCAUCGCGCUCAAGAAGGAGUUCGUCCAGGGCGUGCAGGACCAGGUAGAGAAGGAACGCGAAGGCCGCCUGGGCAAGCUGCAGCAGCUGUCCACGGCUGUGUCAGACCUCGAGAAGCUGAGCACGGGCUGGGACAAGGUCGUCGACUCGACCCUACGCACCCAGCAGCUCCAGGUGGCCGUCGACUGCGUGCGCGCCAAGCUGGCCGAGGCCGAGUCCUCGACCGGCGCCCAGCAGCCCACCCCCUUCAUCAAGGAGCUCGUCGCGCUCAAGGAGAUUGCCGGCGACAACGCCACCGUCAACGCCGCCAUCGGCUCCGUAAACCCGGCUGCCUACCAGCGCGGCAUCCCCUCGUCCGCCCAGCUCAUCGACCGCUUCCGCCGCGUCGCUCAGGAGGUCCGCAAGGCCUCCCUGCUGCCCAACGACGCCGGCGUCGCCUCCCACGCCUCCUCCUGGGUGCUCAGCCAGGUCAUGUUCAAGAAGGAGGGUCUCGCUGAGGGCGACGAUGUUGAGAGCAUCCUCACCCGCGCCCACACCUUCCUCGAGGAGGGUGACCUCGACAACGCCGCCCGCGAGGUCAACAGUCUCGACGGCUGGGCCAAGACGCUCAGCAAAGACUGGCUCGCUGAGGUCCGCAAGGUCCUUGAGGUCAGGCAGGCACUUGAUGUCAUCUCUACCGAGGCCCGUCUUCAGAACCUGAGGGUGGAGUAA